GGUAAGCAAGUGCAGUCCUGGAGAAAUCUACUUGAAAAUAACUUUCCCUCUUAGUUUUUAACAGAACUGCUGUCUAGCCUUUCUUAACACGCUCCAUGUGUGUUGAGCUACCACUGCCCUCAUCCAACAAUAUAACUAAGGAUGAUGGGAACUGCAGUCUAAUCGCAUUUGGAGAGUGCCAGGUGAACUCUCGUAAAUAUGUUUAGGAUCGCAGCUAUAAAUACCCGAUCUUUCGGUACAUGCAAUGUUGAAAUCGAAUAAAAAGUCAGUCUCGCAACCUUUGCCCUGCGAAAAUAUUAGCUGCGGGACUGACUGCUAAGCGGAGAACGCAAUUUGCGUAGGCCAUUCGCUAUACUGAGAUCUCUCUGCCCCGCCUCCAAAAGUGGAAGCACCACGCUCCAGGCGUAGACUUCGGUAGCUCCCGCAACCUUUGCCCUGCGAAAAUAUUAGCUGAGGGACUGAGCAAAGACAGACAGCGACCUCGUCUCCGCGAAAAUGGCAAGUGAGCCCGAUACGACUGAAGUGCGGGAACAGCACCGAUUUGACCAGAGAGCCUUGGAGGGCUACCUGUGCCGCUCCCUACCUGGCUUUCCCGUGCAGCCUUCCGAAGCUCUGACGGUCAGGCAAUACAGUUCGGGACAAUCAAACCCCACCUUUUUCUUGAAAAAAGGACUUAAAACCUACGUGCUUAGAAAGAAGCCUCAUGGCCCACUCCUACCUCAGGCUCACAAGGUUGACAGAGAAUAUCGAGUUCAGAAAGCUUUGUUUGCAGCUGGGUUUCCAGUUCCUGAACCUCUUUUAUACUGUAGUGAUGUUUCUGUGAUCGGAACGGAAUUUUAUGUGAUGCAACAUGUUCAGGGUCGCAUCUUCCGAGACCUCACAGUACCUGAAGUAAGCCCAGCAGAAAGAUCGGCUUUGUAUGUAGCAAUAAUAGGAACUCUGGCACAGCUACACUCCUUAAGUGUUAGUUCACUGGGCCUCCAGGACUAUGGACGAAGUGCAGGUUACUGUAAGAGGCAGGUAUCAACUUGGAUGAGGCAGUAUCAAGCAGCUGCUCAUAGCCAAAUUCCAGCUAUGAACGAGUUAGCUGAAUGGUUAAUGAGCAAUUUGCCCGAUGAUGAUGAUGAUAAUGAAGCUACUUUGAUCCAUGGUGACUUUAGAAUAGAUAACAUCAUCUUUCAUCCAAGAGAGGCCCGUGUGGUGGCAGUGCUGGACUGGGAACUUUCAACUUUAGGCCAUCCUCUGGCAGACUUGGCUUAUGCGCUUGCCUUUCACUUCUGGCCCAGAGCCCUCAUACCCAUAAAAAUGGUUAAUGUACAGAACAUAAAUGGCAUUGCAGGAAUUCCUUCCUUUGAAGAACUGAUCAUGAUUUAUUCUCGCUUCAGGGCUACCAGCACUUCUCCACCCAACCUUAAUUUUUUUCUUGCUCUUUCAUAUUUUAAGUUGGCUUCAAUAAGCCAGGGUAUAUAUGCCAGAUAUCUCCUGGGUAAUUCCUCCGCAGAAAACAGCUUGGAGUUCAGCAGUGCGGUAAAACCUCUGGCUGAAGUUGGAUUACAGGUAGCAAAAAAAACAACUUUCAGCACUGCCACGCCUCCUUGUAAUUCUGGAGAAUUGUUCAGUCAGUCCCCAGAGGGGAAGAAGAUCCUCCAGAGAGUGAAGGAUUUCAUGAAAGAGCAUGUUUUUCCAGCUGAAAAGGAGAUGGUUGAGUAUUAUGCUGGAAAGAAAAAUUCGCCAGAUAUAUGGAGAAAACCUGCUGUGAUUGAGAGACUCAAGGAAAAGGCCAAAGCAGAAGGCCUCUGGAAUCUUUUCCUGCCAGCUGUUAGUGGUCUUGGUCAGUUGGACUAUGCAUUAAUAGCAGAAGAGACUGGAAAGUGCUUCUUUGCUCCUGAAGUAUUCAACUGUCAUGCACCAGACACAGGAAAUAUGGAAGUUCUCCACUUGUAUGGAACAGAAGAACAGAAGAAACAAUGGCUGGAGCCUCUUCUGGAAGGAAAAAUUAGUUCUUGCUUCUGCAUGACAGAACCUGAUGUUGCAUCAAGUGAUGCCACCAAUAUGGAGUGUAACAUUCAGAGAGAUGGAGACAGCUAUCUAAUCAAUGGCAAGAAGUGGUGGAGCAGUGGAGCUGGAAAUCCCAACUGCAAAUUUGCUAUUGUAAUGGGCAAAGAUAAAAACACUUCUGCAUCCAGAUAUAAACAGCAUAGUAUGAUUAUUGUGCCAAUGGAUACACCAGGGGUGAAACUUAUAAGGCCUCUUUCAGUCUUUGGGUAUUUUGAUUAUUUUCAUGGUGGACAUUUCGAAGUACAUUUUAAUGAUGUUCGAGUCCCUGUCUCUCAUUUGAUACUGGGAGUUGGAAGAGGGUUUGAAAUAGCUCAAGGACGACUUGGACCGGGCCGUAUUCACCACUGUAUGAGAUCAAUAGGAGCAGCUGAAACUGCUCUCCAGAUCCUGUGUGAGCGAUCAGCCCAGAGGGUCACAUUUGGGAAGAAGCUCUAUCGUCAUGAAGUUGUCGCUCACUGGAUUGCUGAAUGCCGCAUUGCUAUUGAACAGGCAAGGCUGCUUACAUUAAAAGCAGCCAGCAAAAUAGAUGCCCUGGGCAACAAAGCUGCCCAGAAAGAGAUUGCUAUGAUCAAAGUGGUGGCACCCCGAGGGGUCCUUAAAGUGAUUGAUUGUGCUAUUCAAAUUUGUGGUGCUGCUGGAUUCUCAGAAGACCUCCCAUUGGCUCACAUGUUUGCCUAUGUUCGGACUUUACGAGUCGCAGAUGGGCCUGAUGAAGUUCAUCUCUCAGCAAUUGCAAAAUUAGAGCUGCUCGACCAAGCCAGGCAACUGAAUGCACACCUGUAACAGCUAUUUUCUGUUUUGCGAUGGCAUCAGAAAUGAGAACCUUCCUUCACCCAGUGUUUUUCUUAAAAUUAAGCAUGCAGCCUAAAGAGGAGGAUUCCAAAAAACGAAACAAACCCCUGACUUAAUUUCAGUAAUCUGUUUCUGUUUCUGCAGAAGAGCUGAGUCAUUUAAUCACAAGACUAACCUAAGAGCAUGUAUGUUGCAAAACCAUCCCAAAAGAAUUAAUCAUCCCAGCUGUUUGCUGUUGGCAGAUGAUGAAAGUGUUAGUAUACUAUAUUCAUAUUUCUAACCAUUUUAUUUUGGGUGAAGUUACUUUUUUGUUUUUUGGGGGGAAGCUCUGGUAAAUCUAAACAGCCUUUGGGAAUGAACAAAUAAAUAAAUGUAUCCAACUUUUUUUGUAAUGUGCUUUGACUAAUAAAAAGAUCAUUUUAAUUGCUGAGUUUGAUUGGUUUUAAAUUUAUCAAAUAAAUAAUUCAGUGAACAAGAACAUUCCUCAGUGAAGAUUUUGUGAUACUGAGAACACUGUCUUGGCUUCAGGUGUUGGUUUCAGCAACUAUUUAACCCAGGUACUGUUGAGCCGCUGUUACAGUGAUGAAGAUCACAGCUAAUUUAUCUGUUGAAAUUAAAUGGCAAAGUGAUAGCAUUUUGCAUUUACAGCUGGUUGUUUAAAAAAACUUCUGCUAGCGUCUUAUUUUAUACAGCAUUUUCUUCUAGCUGACUUGGCCCUGCCUAACCUGCCAGUUAAUGAAGAAAAUAUUAUAAAGUUGUUUCUGAAAUCACUCAAGUUAUUUCCCUGACUUGCCUAAUUUUCUCCUAUGGCAUUAGAAGAAUUUUAUGCAGGUAUCCUGAGCCCUGUUCUUAGGGAGUGGGAAGUUAAGCUGGUUUUCUAGCCAUUACUGUAUUUCUUAACAUAAUGUGAAAGACAUCAGUAAUUCCAAUCCUUUUUAUGGAGACUGAAAAGUGAAAAAGUGGCAAAAUCAUUGUCACGGCAGCCUUCCUCAAAUGGAAUUAAGCCACAAAACCCAUUGUGCUGCUGUCGUUUAUCGCUCUAAUUACACACUGCAGCCUGGCCUCAUUUGUUGUCACAGUUUCAUAAAAGGAUUAAUUGGCACUCAGACAAAGAGCUGAAGCAGUGCUGACCAUCUGUCAAGAUGUAACUGCACAGUGGAGGAAAAUACUGACCUAAUUUCUCCUCUACAAUUCCUAAGUUAUAUGUUUUGUAGAAAUGUCUGUAUUUGUAUAUCUGUUGCUGAUGCUAAAAUGCAGCUCUUGUGAUGUCUAUUUAGGCCCCUGAAAAUACAGAAUGCUUCUGUCUCAUGCCAACAAAACUCGUAUUAACUGAAAAAAUUAACAAAAAAUAAAAUUUUAGA